ACAUUAAUUCAGACGGAUAGCGGCUGAGAGCUGUAGUGGACCGGCAACUGAAUAUUCCAUAGCGAGUAGAUUGUGCUUCAUCAUCGUGAUUGGGAUUCUAAUUUCUACAUAUAUUCAACCGCAAAGGGGCUGAACUCAUUCACAGACAGCAUCGCCAUGACUGAGAAAUCGUACACGACAACUUCUCCCUUCCCGCCCCUCACCCCGGGCAAAAUAAGGGUCUACAGCAUGAGGUUUUGUCCUUAUGCUGAGAGGACGAGAUUAGUUCUACAUCACAAGAACAUUGAACAUGAGAUAGUGAACAUUGACUUGAAGCAGAAGCCAUCUUGGUUCUGGGACAGGAACCCCAACGGCACUGUACCCAUCUUCGAACUGGACGACAAAGUAAUCUAUGAGUCUUUGAUCAGCUCUGACUACGUGGAUGAAGCGUACCCCAACAACAAACUGACCCCCUCAGACCCGUACAGGAGAGCCCAGGACAGGAUCAUUGUGGAACUGUUUUCAAAGGUAGUGUCCUUCUUUUACAAGAUAGCUUAUGGCAAAGAGGUCCCAAAGGAAGCUAUUACGGGAUUCCAUGAGGCUCUUGAUAGGGUUGAGAAGGCUCUUGCAGACAGGGGGACCCCGUUCUUUGGUGGCAGCUCUGUCCAGAUGGUUGACCUAAUGCUGUGGCCUCACGCUGAAAGGUUUGAUGCCAUGACCCAGUUAGUGAAAGAAGCGAGUGUGCCAGCAGAUCGGUACCCGAAGUUUACCAAGUGGAUCGAAAACAUGGGGACGGUACCAGCUGUACAGAAAUGUCGUUGGGAUACACCGUCUCAUAUCCAUUACAUAGAAACAGCCAAAGCUGGUAAACCAGAUUUUGACGUCGGACUUUGAAUUUGAAUCAGUAUUUUCACAGAACUGUGCAGAUGAUAACAUAACAUAGCUGUUGUUCCUGCAUAGAUGAUCAUGCCUUUCUGGAGUGUGUAGCUCCAGUGAUGUGUUACGUCUGAAUCAUUCUGGUCUCACAAGUUUCCACAAUAUACACACCAUACAGUAUAAGGAGCACAUGCAGAAACAGACAUUGAUCUGAUCAUUGAAGCUGAUUCAGGGAAAUUUUAGUCACGAAGAAAUUCUCCUUAGAUCAAGGACUUGGGCCAAAGAAGAUUUGCUUUUUACAUUUACUGUGUUCAUUACAAAUCUGUCUUAACAACACAAGAACCCUGAUGACUUAUUUAAACAAGGCAAUAAACUUUGGAACUACCACUCUUGAACAAAAUACACCAAGGUUAUGUCUUUUAUUACAACUGGCUCCUUCGGAUUAGAAACUUGCACGUGGGCCAUUGUAUCAGUGACGUGCGAUGUAAUCUGAAGGACAUGCAUUCAUGGUGCUAAGUGAUCGUUAAGAUGUAUCUCCGGGUUAUCACAGACACUGAUAUUCGUUCGCCAAUGUCAGGUCGUUGCUUGUAUGAUGAAAUUGAUGAACAAUUAUACUUUUGGAGCUUCAAUUUUCUGUCCUAAUAAAGCUUGUUCAGUGGA